GAUCAACAUCUUCCUGUGAUUUUUGUGGGCUGGCUUGGUUAUGGAAUGCUAGAGUGAACGGACGCCGUCUACCAGACAAAAAUAGAUCAACUCGUCUAGACUUCUGCGUAAUGGCCGCGGAAGAGGACGAAGACACCGUCAUGGGAGAGGCAGGUUCCCAUAACCCCAACCUGGCUCCCUCGCAUCACCUUGUGAGUGAUGGCACUGGACAUCUUAAUGGAGGGCCGGACCCAUGGCUCGCGCCACCCCUCUUAGGACCCUCAAUCAAAUUACCUAUCCAGUCAGCUGGUAACGUGCAAAAGCCCGAACCAUCUGUUGCGGCAGAUAGUCACACGAUGUCACCACCUAAAAGUCUACCGAAAUCAAUUGACUCUGGUGAAGCUACUGCAGAUGACUUACAGAAAAAUGACAGCCUUGUUGAGGAGAACUCCGACUGGUCUGAGGAGGAAGAUGCGGUCGCCAUUAGGGGUCUACCUAUUGCUCAGCUUCCCUCAGGUCUUUGCUAUGAUGUUCAGAUGCGCUAUCACUGUGAAGUGCGCCCGACGGCAGACGUCCAUCCGGAGGACCCAAGAAGAAUAUAUUAUAUCUUCAAGGAGCUAUGCCGAGCCGGACUCGUUGAUGACCCAGAGUCAUCCAGGCCGCUUGUCUCAAGGCCUUUGAAGCGAAUCAGUGUCCGCAAUGCCACAGAGGAAGAAAUAUCCCUUGUUCACACACCAGAUCAUUACGCAUUUGUGGAAAGCACUAAAGACAUGUCUGAUGAUGAGCUUAUCGCUCUUGAACAUACUCGAGACUCGAUAUACUUCAAUAAGUUGACGUUUGCAUCUUCGCUCUUGUCGGUUGGAGGAGCAAUUGAAACAUGCUUAGCUGUUGCCACUCGGAAAGUGAAGAACGCUAUUGCUGUCAUUAGACCACCGGGACACCAUGCCGAGCAUGACAAGACUAUGGGGUUCUGCCUGUUCAACAAUGUUUCUGUCGCAGCUCGAGUCUGUCAAAAUCAGCUAGGAGAAAGCUGCAGAAAGAUCCUUAUCCUUGAUUGGGAUGUUCAUCAUGGAAACGGUAUCCAGAAGGCAUUCUACGAUGAUCCUAAUGUCUUGUAUAUCUCACUUCAUGUGCAUAACGAUGGGAAGUUCUACCCUGGAGGUGACGAAGGAGACUGGGACCACUGCGGUACUGGUGCUGGGGUAGGGAGAAACGUCAACAUACCUUGGCCGAGCCAGGGAAUGGGCGACGGUGACUACAUGUAUGCCUUUCAACAAAUCGUGAUGCCCAUUGCGCAGGAAUUCGACCCUGAUCUGGUAAUAAUCGCCUCUGGUUUCGAUGCCGCCGUAGGGGAUGAGCUUGGAGGGUGUUUCGUUACGCCUUCUUGCUAUGCUCAUAUGACACACAUGCUUAUGACUCUUGCGAACGGAAAAGUUGCUGUUUGCCUAGAGGGUGGCUACAAUUUUAGGUCAAUCUCGAAGUCUGCACUUGCGGUUACAAAGACACUCAUGGGGGACCCGCCUGAUCGGCUUCAUUCAACUGUCCCUUCUAAACUCGGAACUACUGCCGUGAGACGUGUCAUGAUGGUUCAAUCACAAUAUUGGGGCUGUAUGUACCCGAAAGCGCCGCAGGAAGAGGGACUCUGGACAGACCGGUUACAUGAUGUCAUUCGUGCUUACCAGUCCAAACAACUUUAUGAAAAUUACAAACUCACCUCCCUUUACAUCUAUCGGACUGCCAUUUCGAGGUCCUUCGAAAACCAAGUUCUGGCAACCCCGAAUUAUUAUCAGCGCAACCCACUUCUGGUGAUAUUCCAUGACCCGCCGGAAAUCAUGGGAUUACCUCACCCCGUCACGAACAAGUUGGAAGCUCAUAACUGCUGGCUUGCUGAUGCUAUGAAGGACUACAUCGGAUGGUCUGUUGGCAAAGGAUAUGCCGUGAUAGAUGUUAAUAUCCCGAAACAUGUGACCGUAGAGCCCUCCAGGAAAUAUGAACAUGAGGACGAGAACCGUCCCACUGCCACAGAAGAACUGGCUGGAUACCUCUGGGACAACUACAUUGAGCCCAACGAAGCCACAGAGAUCUUCUUUCUUGGAAUAGGCAAUGCUUAUUACGGAGUUGCCAAUCUCUUGAUCAACAGAGAUACGUUGUAUAAACGAGUGAACGGCGUUGUAUCGUUUGUUGCCGAGAAUCCAGUUCGAGCGAUAGCCUCUCAUACUCAGGUUUGGUUGUCCAGAUGGUACAAAGAUAAUUCUCUUGUGUUUGUUUCGCACACCCAUGGCGUUUGGAACACUGAAAACCGACGCAAACCGUCCAAGCGCUACGGACACUUGAUCCAGUCAAGCAAGUCAGGACUCAGUGAGAUGCUGAUGCUUCACAAAGAUGAGGUGUUCCAGUGGAUUGAGGAUCGAGCCGACCAGCACGACAGUGAGGAGACAGAAGAAGAAAAACGACCCAGUCGGUCGCCAACGAAGCCUGCGGAAGCUUUCUCCAAGCCAACCUGAAUGACAGCCGCAUUUCUGUGGGGAAUAUUUUGGUUGACAGUCUCAAGUGUUCCGUAAUAUUUUUCUUUUCUUUUACCUCUGGUUGUCUUAUUUUGCCUGAAAGACCAAUGAUAGUUACGCGAGGUACUUGAGUAGAGAUGGAACGAACUGCAUAGAUUGAAGUCCGGAUGACCCGUCUAGAUAUAUGCGGGUACGAAGGGCUAUUUUCAAGACUUUCUUCCGUGUAAUACAAUAUUAGUCUAUAUGUUAAGGUUCCUUCGGGUUCAACAUCAAGCAUUGAAAUUGGAUCUAGGUUUUCAUACUAUAGCGAAUAUUAAAAGUGAGAAGAUGAGCUAAUAGUGUUGCAAUGAACCGGUACUGCCAUAAUUUACUAAGAAUUCGAGGCUGUUUCCUAAAUCAUGCUAAAGAGCAGUGAAGAAGAAAAUAUCAAUGUAACGCCACUA